AUGAGACCGACGGCAGUUGCUAUGGGAAAACAUUUCGGUAAUCUUGGCAAGAUGUACGGAGAACAUCGAUUCGCAUUAGCACCAAACGAGCAGAAGGCGUAUAAAGGAUUUGUGGACCAGGCAUUUGUGAAAACCUUUAAGACCUACGUUUGGGAUCAAUGGUACUACUACAUCCCACAAACCAUCGGAGCCUACCUUCUCUACGACUGGGCUAAGAAGACCAACCACGAAGCUAACCGCAAGAACCCAGCAGAUUAUGCCAAUGAUGUAUAA